AUGACCUUCGAGCAGCUCAUGCCUAAGCCAAAACUGACGCACUGGCUGCAUGCCCACUUUCUCAAGCUAUGCUUCCCAAACCCCCUCACACUCGUCUACGCGCCGCUGAAUCUGGCCGUAUUCCUGCGUCUGCUCGUGCACGUCGUGGAACUGGGCUAUCCGGCACACUGGUCGUCUGCGCUCCUGGCGGCGCUCCUGGAAGGCGAGAUCGCCACGACGGCCCGCGCGCCUUAUCCCUCCGCCCGGGACGUGGUCGAGUACACGGUCAUGUUCCCGCCUUUGCGUACGGAGUAUCCGCACGUCCCACACUUUAUGUUGGUUUUCGAUGAUGAGAUAAGGUUCGGGAAGCUGCCCAAGGCAGGCGCCGUGUGCGUGCUGACCACGUUCCGGUGGACGGCCAAGGACCAGUCGGUGACGUUCUGGAUGCACGAGGACUCGUAUGAGGGAAUGGUGGCAGAGAACUGGCUAUUAUAUUUGUGGCGGACGGAUUCGUGGGAGAAUGUCAUGCAAGGGGAGGCACUGGCUUCCUCCAUCACUGACUGGCUGCAGGAUCUCCGGGCAGAGGGCAAGACUCUUCGCCCCGAGAAUUCUCGCAGUCUCCGCAAAGAGUUCAUCGACGAAAAGCUCGAUAAAAUAUUCGACAUCCUGCCGCAGCCUCUCCGGGAGAACGAUGACUUGCUGGACACUCGCGUGUCCUACCUGAUCAACGAUCUUCUGGUGACGGAGGCGGAGGCAAGGUGGCGGUAG